UCCUACGUCACUUCCGGUUGAAGUCGCCUGCGGGGCUCCUGUGCUGCCUGGCUGGGAGGGGACGGAGGGCUUUCUCGCAGAGAGCACCAAGCACCAGGAUACUCACCUCACUUUAAAAAAAAACACCACAGAAAUCUGGGGUUGAACAUUAUUUAUAAACGCUCUUUAGUCAAGUGAGUAGCUACGGGAGGACUUGUUGUUUGUCUGUAUCGCAGGCACGCUUCAGUGACGAGCACGCCGCCGCUACUGCAGCUGCCUGCUUGCUGUUAUUGUGAGAAGAAAAACAAGCUAGUCCGCUAAAGCUGUGUGAUCAUUGACAGAGUUCAAUACACACAAGCUGACUGUGAUAACCGGCGGAGGCAGCCUGCUUCUGGAGCUCUUCGGCAACUCACGGUUGGAACAUUUCCCCCCGAAACCUGAGGCACUUUGUACAAUUGUUCUAUCCUGACUUGCUGUCACUGCGUCCACCAGUAGUUUGAACAGUUUGCACCAGCUGGUCCGCCGCCCCCUCCCAACUCAGACAGUCUUCUGCCCCAGCAUGAAUGAAGUCAGCGUUGUGAGAGAGGGAUGGCUCCACAAGAGAGGUGAGUACAUUAAAACUUGGAGGCCUCGUUAUUUCAUCCUAAAGAGCGACGGGUCUUUCAUCGGCUACAAAGAGAAGCCCGAAGUAUCCAGCGAUCACAGCCUGCCGCCUCUCAACAACUUCUCCGUCGCAGAAUGCCAACUGAUGAAGACAGAGCGGCCCAGGGCCAACACGUUUGUCAUUCGCUGCCUGCAGUGGACCUCAGUCAUUGAGCGCACCUUCCACGUAGACAGCAACAGCGAGAGGGAAGAAUGGAUGCGAUCGAUCCAGGCGGUGGCAAACAGCCUGAAGAGUCAGCAGCAGGACGAGGAGCCCAUGGAGAUCAAGUUCGGCUCGCCGAGCGACAGCAGCGGCGCAGAGGAGAUGGAGAUCGCCAUUUCCAAAUCUCGCUCCAAAGUGACCAUGAGUGACUUUGACUACCUGAAGCUGCUGGGCAAGGGGACGUUUGGCAAAGUGAUCUUGGUGAAAGAGAAGGCCACGGGCAUGUACUAUGCCAUGAAAAUCCUCCGCAAAGAAGUCAUCAUUGCAAAAGACGAAGUAGCGCACACGGUGACAGAGAGCAGAGUUCUACAAAAUACGCGGCAUCCCUUUCUCACAACACUAAAGUAUGCUUUUCAAACAAAUGACCGGCUGUGCUUUGUGAUGGAGUAUGCAAAUGGAGGAGAACUAUUUUUUCACUUAUCCCGGGACCGAGUGUUCACAGAAGACAGAGCCCGAUUCUAUGGUGCAGAAAUAGUCUCGGCACUGGAGUACCUCCACUCAUGCAAUGUCGUUUACAGGGAUUUAAAGCUGGAGAACCUGAUGUUGGACAAGGACGGACACAUAAAGAUAACAGAUUUUGGCCUGUGCAAAGAAGGCAUCACGGAUGGUGCCACCAUGAAAACCUUCUGCGGUACUCCAGAGUACCUGGCACCUGAGGUACUGGAGGACAAUGACUACGGCCGAGCAGUGGACUGGUGGGGCCUGGGCGUGGUCAUGUAUGAGAUGAUGUGCGGCCGCCUGCCCUUCUACAAUCAGGACCAUGAGCGACUCUUUGAGCUCAUCCUCAUGGAGGAGAUCCGCUUCCCCAAGAACCUGGCUCCCGAAGCCAAGGCGCUGCUGGCCGGCCUGCUCAAAAAGGAUCCCAAGCAGAGGCUGGGAGGCGGACCCGAUGAUGCCAAAGAAGUAAUGACACACAAGUUCUUCACCUCCAUCAACUGGCAGGAUGUCUUGGAGAAGAAGCUCGUCCCACCUUUCAAACCCCAGGUCACCUCUGAGACGGACACGAGAUACUUCGAUGACGAAUUCACAGCACAAACCAUCACAAUAACCCCUCCAGACAAGUAUGAUAGUUUAGACACAGAUGACUCGGAUCAGCGUACGCACUUCCCUCAGUUCUCCUACUCGGCCAGCAUACGGGAAUAGCGGCUCGGACUUUUGACCAAGCAGGCAGGUUAACACAUGACCCCAAUCUCACGUACGCACUUGCACUGCUGAGGACAAAUCGAAUGACACACACACACAUACACACACACAAAAACUGGCACAAAACACGUUUUCAUCCAGUCUUUCACACACAUGCACAAAAACAAGACCAGCAAGCAGAGAAUCAUUGUACACGAGCGACGGACCUCAGCAGGUUUUUGCGUGGACAGACGGGCAGCUUCGUGUCCAUACGUACAUCCUCUCAGGGGGGCGACCCUGGGCGUCCCUGCAGGACCUCUGCUGCACUACACCGGGCACCACGUCAGAGCCUUGACACUUUGAAACCAGGUUAUGCCAGCAAGUACCACCGUGUAGACACACACUUAAGUAGGCAAUUGCAUCUUAGCAUACACACUUUGUUGAUAAAGUUGUUUUUUUUAAAGAGAGAGGAAAAAAUGUAUAAUCAUAAUUAGAACAAUGGAAGAGAUAUUGGGGAUAAUUGACCAAUUUAGCUUCAUCGAUUGUUACGGUUUUAAAUAUAAAGCCAUAUUUCUGCUUUUUUUUUUUUUUUUUAAAUAAGUGCUCUUUCUGGAACUUGCUGUUACAAAUCAAAUGUGUGUGUGUGUGUGUGUGUGUGUGUGGUGAGGUUGCCAUUUCCGUGUAUGCACUGCAUGUGCGUUCACGUCCGAAUGAAUGUGCUCGAGAACCUGAUGAACAAUUUUUUGUUUUGCAAACAUCCAUUUUGUGUCUUUUUCAUUGAGGAUGAUUAAUUUAAACACCAACAUAUAAAACAAUGGAUGCUGGAAGACGGGCAAAGCGAGGACACUACACCUUCUAAAGGGAACAAGCGUGUUAUUUAUGGAAAAAAAAAAGCAGCGAGCGACUGAGCGAUGAAUCCACUCUCUUUGGCUUAUCCUGCAUGGCUUUUUUUUUUUUUUAACCUUGCAUUGCUUUAAAAAAAAAAAAAAGUGAGAGUGACGCAGCAGGGACGAGCCUAAACGAGAGCUUAUAUUUUACUCUUUAUUGCUGGAGAACAUGCUGGCUAAAAUUUGCUAAAGGACAAAUCAUUUCUUUGUCAUUCUUUAUUUUCCCCUCUUUUUUUGUCCAUUUGUCAUGUUUAAGUAUGCAUUCUAUAAAAUAUAUAUGAAAAUGUUUUAAAUUGCUUUUUUUUUCGUUGUCAUUCAAGACGGGGGUUUUCAAAGUGUGAGGCCAAAAGUCUUUAGGGGAGGGGCUAAAGUCUUAGAAAACUAAAGAACAUUUUUUUAAGCUGCUAAUAAGAUCCAUUGCGUUUAAAGGGGAAAUUAUUUGAGUUUAAGUUAAGCUAUUCUGGAGUGAGCAGAAACCUUGCCAAAUAUGUAAAAACAAAAAAAUAGUAAUCUCUUGCAACUUUGGAUUGACUCUUGCGGCUUCAUUCUAUCAGGGUUUUUGAAUGGCUAAUUAAUAAAUCAUGCCUUUUGGUGGUUGAAUACUACUUAAUAGUCAAAAAUAUGCAUAUUUAAGUGUGUUAAUUUUUUUGAGUGAGUAAACGAACUAAAAUGCAAGCAUUCAGAAGACUCGUUCCAAAGAUAUGUAGUAUUCUAACUGGUCACUAUGUGUCAGUAAUGUAAUGGUAAUGUUAAGUGAUUCACACUUGAUUGCCAAAAAAAGGCUCUUUUAUUGCAGGCUUGAAUGACCACACAACAGUCACAGUAAUACCAAAUAAAAACACAGGCUACCGUUGUGGUUAUAACCCACGCCAAGCUGAAACUCAACUCUGAACCCUUGACUUUGAACCCACUUCCUGUCAAAGCUCCCCGAGCACCACAACACACACGAGCUUGACUCUUAUUUACCCUUAUGUCGACUGCCUUGAGUAAUGUGAGCAAUGAGUGUAAAAGUCACUAUAGGGGUGCUAUUUCUUGCCGAAAUGUUCAAAAACUGAAUUUAGAAGGUCGCCAACAGGGUUUCUACCUGCAAAUUUUGGUUGACCCGCACUUUUGGUUGGAUCUGGAAUCAAUUAAUUGCGAUGCUUGUUCGUACCUGAUUGGCAUAUUCUGAAAAGUACCGUAUUUUCUGGACUAUAAUUCGCUCCGGAGUAUAAGUCGCACAAUGCCAAAAAGGCAUAAUUAGGUAGAAAAAAAAACAUACAUAAGUCGCACUGGAGUAUAAGUCGCAUUUUUUGCGGGUAAUUUAUUUUACAAACUACUUGACCAAAACAGACAUUACAUCCUCUUUGAAGGCAAGUUCUAGCAAUAAAAGUCGCUCUGGAGUAUAAGUCGCAGGAACAGCCAACCUAUGUAAAAAAAAAAAAAAAAAAAAGUGUGACUUAUAGUCCUGAAAAUACGGCAAAUGAAUUAUUAACAAGAUGUAUUAUUAGAUGUUACACUAAUGUUCAUUGCAAUCUGUAACACAAAAGCUAAUUAGAUUGCUUUUAGCAUCUUUAAUGCGCAAAAUGAAUCACCCUGCAUCUUAUAUUUUUCUGUACGCGGCCGUCGCUGGAAAAAGUAAGGACAUCACAGUGCCACACUUUGAAAACCCCCAAUUUAACGGGGUCUCCCUGUCUCUUCCUCUGCGCUUUAACUACAUUUCCUAUGACGAUUCCUCAGAAUACCCCCGAAUGAAUCAUCUCUCUGCAUUCUCAUGAAGUCGUUCUUUAUUUCAUGUCAUAUUUGUGUGAGUGACAGCAUGCAUGUUUGAGUGAAAGAAAAAAAAAAAGAAAAGCAAGCAGCAGCAUCAAUCACAUCAAACGGCUUUGACUCUCCAGUUGACAACUGCAGCACCUCGUCUCACUGACAUCAGAACCACUGCACUGAUGGACUCCACUGUGGAUUUGCCUUCUACCGCGGCCAUAAGGGGAAGCUGCUGAACUUUUAAUUUUUUAAAAGAAUAUAUCUAUAUAUAUAUCUAUUUUUUUUUUGUGGUUGUGAAGCCAUACAAUGAACCUUGCUGCUGACCACGCUUUUAAGCAAUGCUUCACGGCUGAACAUGCAAGUCUCCUGUCGGGCAUACGCUGGCACAACAAGUGCCUCGUCACUAUUGUGUAAAUACCAAAAAAAAAAGAAAAAAAUCUUCAUGGAGAAUGCAGACUAUGUAGAGUGGGAGGCCUGUUUUUUUAAUUGAUUUGCAGCUUUAUGUUGCUUGUGUAGUUGAAUGUGAUCAUCAGUCACGAAUGUCACCCGAUGCUGGUGUAACAAGACGACUUUUCGCUUUUUUGUUUGCUUGUUGCAGUUAGUUGAGGCUCAGAGAGCAAUUAAAAGUUAAAAAAGCAAUCUUUUUAGGGCAGGACGUCAGCCCACCCCCUCCCGCCCCCUUUUGCAAGACUUCACAAUGUAACGGGUGAAACCUGCUACAGUACGGUAGCUUAUAUGACAUUUGCAAUGAUGAUGUGCCAGUAAACUUUUUACUGAACAAACCUGUGUGCGUGUUCUUCAUGCAUUUUGCACCGUACACAUUUUAGUUUUUACAUUUAGAACACUCGUCAUAUUCCCUAGCAUCUACAAUAUGGAAGAAUACAUUU